AUUCGGCUCCAUCCCUCCCACAGAAAAAUCCCCAAUUCCUUCGUCUUCCUCUUCGCGGACGCACACAGCAGAGCAGACAACGAGAAGAUGUCCGGGCGCGGCAAGGGCGGCAAGGGGCUGGGCAAGGGCGGGGCGAAGCGGCACAGGAAGGUGCUGCGGGACAACAUCCAGGGGAUCACCAAGCCGGCGAUCCGGCGGCUGGCGCGGAGGGGCGGCGUGAAGCGCAUCUCCGGGCUCAUCUAUGAGGAGACCCGCGGCGUGCUCAAGAUCUUCCUCGAGAACGUCAUCCGCGACGCCGUCACCUACACCGAGCACGCGCGCCGCAAGACCGUCACCGCCAUGGACGUCGUGUACGCGCUCAAGCGCCAGGGCCGCACCCUGUACGGCUUCGGCGGUUAGGGGAUAGCUAGCUAGGCUUCAGUGUGUCUACCAGGUCGCUGCUCCGCGAAUGCUUGUGCCUGUGGUUUAAUUUAAUGCUUGUUGUGAGGAAGUGCUACCUGGAUUUGUUUCUCUGUUCAAUAUCGUCAGUUCAGUCAUUGCUUCUGAUUUGACACCGUUUGAGUUUGUGAAAUUCUUUUCAUUCGGUCCUGCAAAUCUAACUUGGCAAAUUUGUCAUCUGGAUUUGUUUACCAUUUGCGUUUUUUGCAUCUCUAGAUUGUAAUAUGAAUUUCUGAAACUAAAUUGCAGUGUGAUUUUC